AGCUCUCGUCAUCGAUGCCGCCAUCGAUGACCUCUACCAGAAUGCCGCCCUCUCUUUUCCCCUUGCCUCCCCAACCCGAAGCGCCGCUGCCCACGGCAGAGAAAGAGAGUGCAAAAAAAAUAAAAUCAAUUGCAACCACACUUAACAUAGCCCAUCGUGCUCUCUACCUUGGUUGGCAUCGAGACACACCCUCUACUAGCCAUUGUCCCCUUGAACAACGACAUCGGAACAGUCGCAUUCUCCGUCACCUAGAUAGAACGAAGCAACCUCCCCGACGACCAUCGGCCACAAUGUCUUCUGCGACAGGACUUCCCGAACCCCCUCCUUCCCAGGACCGGGAACGGGACAGCGACCAGAAUGAGUUGGAGCCCUUGCUCGGUCGACCCGGCGAUGCCCAGCAGCCACCCGGCCAGUUCAUCGCAAAGAACCUCGUCCUCGGCACCGGCAUCAUCGCCCAGUUUGGCGCCGUCAUCUUCGUCGCCAUGAUUUGGGCCGCGGUCCUCACAAAGGACGUGAUCCUUUUCUCGGGCCACCCUCUCGCCCAGAGCCUUGCCAUUUUCACACUCACCCAGUCUAUUCUCUCCCUGCAACCGACACACACUCCCGACCAGAAGCGUGUUGGCCAGCGCGUUCACGCGAUCCUAAACUUGCUGGCGUUUCUCUUUCUCGUUACCGGCAUCACCAUUAUUGAGUAUAACAAGUUCCGUCAGGGCCCUGGCUCCCACUUCCACUCCGUCCAUGGCUACCUUGGCGUCAUCGUCUCCGUCAUCCUGCUACUGCAGUAUAUCAUUGGCUUCACCAUGUGGGCCACCCCCAAGCUUUACGGCGGCGAGGACAAGGCCAAAUCCAUUUGGAAGUACCACCGCUGGAGUGGUUAUGUCGUCCUUGUCUUAUUGCUGGUGACCGUCGCGACCGCUGUCGACACGCCCUUCAACGAGAACGUGCUGAAGUUAAAGCUCUGGGCAGUCAUCAUCACUGCCCUCAUGAUUCUUGUUGGGAUUGUCCCACGGGUACAGAAGCAGAAGCUUGGCAUUUUGUCUCAGACUUGACGGCACGUGGAUCGCUAGAAGUUGCAUCGUGG